CAAUCUUUGGAUCACGGCCUUGCCUUCUAGUCACUCCUUCAAUAACGCUACGCGUUUACAACAUUCUCUUAGACCAACUUACAACACAGUCCUUCACAGGCAAACCAAAGUAUUCCGAAAAUACCCCAAAAGUAACGUCUUUUCUCGAAAAACAAUAAAGAUGAAGUUCUCUUCUUCCGCCGUUCUCCUGGCUGCCGCCAUCGGUGCCUCUGCUCACCCCAGCGGCCACGCUCACCAGCGUGCUCACGCCAAGCGCGACUUCAUCGUCGCCAACAAACCCGUCACUGUCUACGAGACUCACGUUGUCACUGCUCCCGCCGCUCCCGCCACCGCUGUUCCUGAGGCUCCCGCUGCUCCUGCUCCCGUUCCCUCUCAGCCCAAGGCUGACGAGGCCGUCCCCAAGUCCUGGGCCACCGGUCCCUGGACCUCCGACGUUCCCAAGCUCAACAAGGGCAAGAAGCACAGCUCCGGCUCCGGCUACAAGCCUUUCUGCGGUGGCAAGAAGGCCAAGCGUGCCACUCUUGAGGACAUUGCUGCUACCGGCAACACUGGUGUUCCCGGUGACUACGGCUGCAACAUGAUGACCGUCGACUCCGACGUCGCCGACAAGUACACCUACACCACCACUUUCAAGAACGACCACAGCGAGGACAAGGAGUGUGCCUGCUGGAACAAGAUCGGUCCUCUGGGCAAGAUCGACGGUUUCUUCGCCAAGAACAUCCCCAUGCACUUCACUGUCGGUGCCAAGAGCUCCCAGGUCGUUGCUUUCGACGAGAACUCUCAGGGUGGCUGUGCUUGCUCUUCCAAGGAGGUUCCCACCACCAUCAACGGUCUCGUUGCCGGUACCUGGCUCGAGUUUGAUUUCGGCAGUGAGCGCAACGGUGGCUGGUCUGGGGCCGACGCUUCUUGCCUCGUCUCUGCUAAGGAGAAGCUCAACAUCCCCGGUCUCCGUGUCUGUGGCCACAACACCUGCUCCACCAUCAACCCCGGUGGCACUGGUACCAACGCCUACCUCGGCGGCAUGGAGGCUGAGGAUGGUGUAGGUCUCAACAUUAACGACAAGGAGGUCCGCCUUACCGUCGACAUCGACUACGAGGGCUAAGUUAUGCCAUAAAGCAUGGUUUGGUCUUUGCGUAAACUUGAUUUCAUAGAAUUGGGCUUAUUCUAUCUAUACAUGGUGUUUACGGUGCGCGGAAUUUAACAGUUAUCCAUAGUACUUUGGAUACUGUCUUUGGGAUCUUACUACAUCUUCUAAAUUAUAUAUUUUAUGAUAUAUAUUUCUCUUCGUUUCUCAUGUCUUUGU